AUGGCUCCUUGGUUACUAUCAGCGGCUGUGGCAUUGUUGCAGCUUCUGCCUGAAACGGCAGUCGCUCAAGAUGUUGCAUCGCCAUUCACAAAGGCUUCCAAUGAUUCGCUUCUUUGGGGCCCUUACCGUCCGAAUUUGUACUUUGGCGUGAGACCGAGGCUACCUAAGAGUGUGCUUACUGGUUUGCUCUGGGCCAAGGUGGAAGACUUUGCUUCUGUUCAGAACAACUUCCGAUACACAUGCGAGCAACAUGAAGGCAUGGCCGGCUACGGCUGGGACGCAUACGACCCGAGAACUGGUGGAUCGCAAACCAUCCACGAUGCCGGCAACCAGAUCGAUGUCACAACCGACUUUGUCAAGUUCCCCGAGCACGGCUCCAAUGGAGGAUCAUGGGGCGCAAGAAUCAGGGGUGUACCAAGAGAAGACGCUUCCGAGGAUCUCAAGACAACUAUGGUUUUCAACAUUGGUGUCGAAGGACUGGGCAGUCUGGUAGUCGACAACGCUGAGGAGGGCGAGAACUCUGAAGUCGGCUUUGACGGAGAUGUCGUGAUUGCUGGAGAGACUCCUGAACUGGGCACUUUCACCGUCACGGUUGUUGACCGUAAAGGCAACAGACCCAGCCAUAUCCACCCUUCGUUCCAGGACAAGCCCAUCGACAGGACUCUGGUGCACAGUGUGCAGAUCCCCGAGGCCGCUCUGUGGCAGGCCAAGCCCGUCAUGUUCUCCGCCAUGAAGACAUCUCUCGACAAGUACAUUGAAGACUACACGGCCGAGAAGAUGCCUCCUCCGAUGCAGGCCUUCACCAUUCCCAACCUCCCAGGCGCUGGCAACAUGCACUUCGUGCAAAAGGUCUUCGAAGGAGCAUUCGAGUUUGAUGUUAUCUUCUCGUCUGGUUCCGGUUCCGAGCCCAUCAAGUCGGCAGACGUGUCAGAGAAGAUUGAAACCACCAUCAAGUCCUUCUCCGAGCGCUUCAUCGAGUCUUUCAAGCCGCAAAAGCCUUUCAACGACAAGAAAUACACCGGCCUGGCCAAGUCGCUUUUCUCAAACUUGAUCGGUGGCAUCGGAUACUUCCAUGGAGAUGCAGUCGUUGACCGCUCGUACGCCGCUGAGUACGAGGAGGAGAAUGAAGGAUUCUGGCAGGAGACUGCAGAAGCAAGAGCAAGAAACCAACAAAAGCUUGAGGGUCCACAUGAACUCUUCACCGGUACUCCUUCCAGACCUUUCUUCCCUCGUGGUUUCCUCUGGGACGAAGGUUUCCAUCUGCUUCCCAUCAUUGACUGGGACGUUGAUCUCACUCUGCAAAUUAUCAAGAGUUGGUUCAACCUGAUGGAUGAUGAUGGCUGGAUUGGCCGUGAGCAGAUUCUUGGACCCGAGGCUCGCAGCAAGGUGCCUCAAGAGUUCCAGACUCAGUACCCCCACUACGCCAACCCCCCUACUCUUUUCUUCGUCAUUCACUCUUUCCUUGACAAGAUUGCCGCUGCCAAAUCGGGCCAACAGGUUCUUGGUUCUGAGAAUGCUAAUGGUGUUCUUGCCAACCCUGAUGCAGCCCUUCAAUACCUCCGUGACCUCUUCCCUCUUCUGAAGAAGCACUAUGAAUGGUUCCGCAAAACUCAAGCUGGUGAUCUCAAGUCUUAUGAUCGUCCCGCAUUUUCCAAGAAGGAAGGUUACCGCUGGAGAGGAAGCACCAAGACUCACUUGCUCACUUCUGGUCUUGAUGACUACCCUCGUCCUCAGCCUCCUCAUCCUGGUGAGCUUCACGUUGAUCUCAUGUCUUGGAUGGGCAUGAUGACCCGUGCCAUGAAGCGCAUCGCAACCACUCUUUCCGAAUCAGAUGACGUAGCUGCUUACUCUAAGAUCGAGACUGCCAUCAUCCGCAAUCUCGACGACCUGCACUGGGAUGCAGACGAGAAGGCAUAUUGCGAUGCUACUAUUGAUGAAUACGAAGAGCAUGCUCUCGUCUGCCACAAGGGUUACAUUUCUCUCUCGCCCUUCUUCACAGGACUCAUGGCACCUGACCACCCCCAUCUCGGUGAGGUCCUCGACCUCAUCGGCUCUCCUGAACACCUCUGGUCACCCCAUGGUAUCCGCUCCUUGUCCCCUCAAGACGAGUUGUACGGCACUGAGGAGAACUACUGGCGUUCACCCGUCUGGAUGCCCAUCAACUACCUCGUCGUCAAGGAACUCCUCAAUACUGCUUCCGCAUCUGGUCCUCACCAAAAGCAAGCUGCUAAGCUUUACACCGACCUCAGAAAGAAUCUUGUGGAUACUGUGUACAAGUCUUGGGAAUCUACUGGCUUUGCUUGGGAGCAAUACAACCCCGAGACUGGAGAGGGACAGCGUACACAGCACUUCACUGGAUGGACUAGCUUGGUUGUGAAGAUCCUCGCCAUGCCUGAAGUCCCUGUUGUAGGAAGCACUGGUCACGAUGAGUUGUAG